AUGCAGCACACACCGCGGUACAAUCUUCGUGGACGGCCACAAUUGCCGCCUGGUGGACUGCCGCCUGCUGCACUGGCUCCACCACCGGCUCCACAGGUUCCACCAGUUGUGCCGGGGCAGAGCACGCAAAUAACAGGCACAGACAUAACAGGCCUGGACGGCCAGCUUCCAGGUGUUGGCUGGCGGCGGUAUCCUCUCAGUGGUAACGAUUCAGUCGCCUUCAUGUACGUGCGUCAUGAUGCAAGUGGCAACAUAGUAGAGAGAAGGGUCCUGAAGAUCAGAGAAAACUGGACGGGGGGAAUACAGGAGAUGACAAUGCAUAGGGUGCUCUCGCGGAACGGCGCUAAUAGACCCAUUCUGAGACUCAUCCGAGGGUUUGAGAGACAGGAUCACCGGGGCUUCUACCUUGAAUUGGAGCCUUGUCCGUACGGAGAUAUUUGGGACUUGACAAACUUCUACGCAGACAUCAACAACUUCAAGAAGUAUAAGAAAAUUCCGGAGCCGUUUCUAUGGCACGUUUUCCUUGAGCUGACAAAGGCUUGUUUGGUCCUCUUCCAAGGCAGCGAGACACAGCGCGUUCAAGCAUGGAUGCCCGACUGGGAAUAUGUACAUUGCGACUUGAAGACGGCAAACGUGUUUCUCGCAGAGUCGGACGGGACGGGAGACUUUCCGAUAUACCCCAGACCGGUCAUGGCGGAUUUUGAUUCCACCUAUCGAACUCAUCCCAACGAUCUCAGCAAUCCGCAAAUAAUGGCAUGGGCGGGCACACCUGGUUAUUGGUCACCAGAGCAAUUCAAGCUCUUUACAGUGGCACCUGGACCACUUGGUGGGACCGUAGUACCAACUCGACAGCUUGACCCGGCAGUCCAGAUAAAUAACAGGAAAACGUUAGCUCAUACAAACGUAUGGAAUACAGCCUUCAUAAUAUGGUGCAUGAUGAGACGUCAACGUGAGGGAUUAGACCCACGUAUCCUGGAUUAUGCCGAUCCCAACGUUGUAGAACCGGAUCGACAACCAAAGCCGAGAGGGUACAGUAGACAGCUGGAGGAGCUCGUUUACGAAUGCUUGCAGAAGGAACCGAACCACAGACCGCGGUUGACAGGUCCCAACAAUCUGAUGGACCGGAUUCGCGGAAACAUCGACAUACUGCGAAUGGAUAUGCAGCAUUGGCAGAUUCUACCACCGAAUCUACAGAAUAGUCAGCAGGGCAGGUAUCCAUACCGAUUGCAGUUGAGAGAAGACCUAUUCGCCAUAGGCAAUCGGAUGCCAAGAGGCCACUUUCCACCGUAA